GACACAAAAGUUGGUGAACAAAUGCACUCAGUUGCGCAUGCGCACUGGAGGAAGCGGCACCAGAAGUCAACCCGACUAGAGAAUGACAAGGAGUCUCCAGCGGCUCUCUCGGGCUGAACUAUGUACGUAGAGAGCGCCACAUGGAGGCGGUGUUGAAAAACUUAGCGAGCGCGGCGGAGCUGCUAGCUGUAGCUGCGCACAGCUGUGUGGUGGAGCAGUGGGAUAAACAAACUCUCACCAGAGCAGUCCACUGGGCACGGUAUUGCGAAAAUCUCUUUUCCAAGUUUCACAACAACCCUGCGAUCAGGAGGAUUAUGGAAAAGCAGCUGCAGCUCACAAAUCAAAGUUUGGGAGGAACUUUUCCUGUGUACACUGAAAUCUCCUUCUCUGACCUCUCCCAGUGUCAGCACCUGCUGCUUGCUGGGCUGUUGAACAAUCCUAAUCUUCCAAUCUCCAUCGUUAAGAUACUCUUUGACGCAGAGAGUCCUGUAAACACCAAACAGAGUGAGUAUCAGGAUGUCACCGGCUUCUGCAACCAAAUCAUUCAAUGCACAUCAGCUUGCAAAGUCCUGAGUCCUCUCACAGACCUGUCAGCUGUGGGUGCUGGUGCUGAAGUGCAGGGGGUGAUGCUGAUAGAGAAACUGGGCGCUCUGUUGAGCCAAGGCAGUGAAGCAUGCAGGGUAGAGCGCUUUUUAGACUCUGCCCUCCAAGGACCUGAAGGAGAAGCCGAACACUUCUGUUUGGUCAUCGCUGCAGCUUUGCUGACGACCCAAAACUCUGCAGCACAAACUGCUGCACAUGGUUUUCUCUUGGACUGGCUGCAGAAAAAACCCAGACUGCUGCAGCUCACGUGUUCCUCACUACCUUCCAAACUUCUGACUGACCUGGCAAAAGAGCACCUGGAAUUUAAAGACUCAUACUGUAAUGUGCUGAAGAAGUGGGCCUCUGAAAUGGAGUACAGCAUAACUGAAGGUGACUGGGUUCAAACCAGCACAAACCAAACUGUGUCCUUCGAAAAACUGACUGAGCAUUUUCAGGCCUUGUUGUCCACCAAUUCCUCUCUGAGGGAGGAUGUGGAAAAAGAACUACAUGCUUUAAAAAUGUCUGAUGGAGACUUUGAUGUCAGAGGUCUGAGUGUUUGGGGAGACCUACUGUCAGUGUUGAACAGCUGACUGUCAGUCUUCUGGUUUCUUUAUGGCUGUAUUGUUUACAUGUAUUUAUAUCUUGAUGCAGUUUGUUGAGAUCUGAGUGUGGAUAUUAAUAAUUUAACAUCAGUACUUAAUAUUUAAUACUUCAUGAUGCCAAAUAAAAUGUUUUGACAGCACCACUUAAUAAAAGCAGCAAAGUGAAGUUUGGCAACAAA